CCUUCAGUCCCAGGCACAUUUGCCCCAGUGGAUCUCUGGGAAAUGUAGUUCUACAUCGACACUUCCUCUACUGGGCCACACCGACUCUGCAGCUGUUAGGUCUGCAGUAAGCCCUAGUGAAGCUAGUGACAGAUGACGUGAUCCUGUAGAGAGCUAAGUCUGUAUCCAAUCUGGUCUUUGGCAAACUCAAAGAGCGUUUAGGCUCUGCCUGGAGCAGGUGCGGAGCCAUUGGAGAGGGGAAUUGCGCAUGCGCAGAAUGGCGGUCCCGGUUUUGGUAAGGAUUAAGGUGAGGCGGGCCCUGAGCACUCUUGAGGGAUUGUGUCCAACAGCCUGGUAGGAGGUUGGGGCAAGAAGAGGUGGCUGAAGGAGGGAGUGCAGGAGGAGGGUGGGAGAAGGUGACGGUGCCAUUACUGAUGCUGCACCCUGUCAGGGACAAUAAGGCACGCGGAUUAGAUGAUGGAACAUCCGAACACAGAACAUUCUGGCCUGUGAGAACAGGUGUCAAUGCCAGGCCACGUCUCUCAGGAGUGAAACAGUUCCUGUGAAACAAACAAGAGGUGGACUCAAGUGUGAGAACAUGUUCUUAGGUUCCACAUAUCAUAUCGCUCUCUGGAAUCAGGACAGAAAAAAGUCAUGACAUCUUGAGUUCCUUAAAUAUAGCGGAAGAUGACAGAAUCAAGGAUAUCAUUUGAGGAUGUGGCUGUAGACUUCUCCUGGGACCAGUGGCAGCUGCUUAGCCCUACUCAAAAGAGUUUAUACAGAGAUGUGAUGUUGGAGAACUGCAGCAGCCUUGUCUUCUUGGGUAAUCAAACCACCAAACCUGAUGUAACUUUCAAGCUAGAUCAGCAAGAGUCACGGAUAAUGGAUGAAGAAUGCCUAAGUCAAAACUUUUUAGAGAUCUGGCUAGACAGUUAUUCUGAACUAUGGCUUCAAGAUGAACAAGACAAGCCUAAAAGGAUGGAGAGAGGCAAUGGAGAUAAUGUUUUGGAGGAAGUAUGUCACUCAAGCAUGAACUCUGUUUAUUUAGAAAUGAGAUUCCAUAUAUGUGGUACAUGUGGAAAGAAUCUAAAAAGUCCUUUAAAUUUUUUCAUUCCAAAAGGUAACCGUGUAAGAAAAAAAAGUAAAGUCAGUAAGAAAUUAUUAUUUUAUCUAAAAUUUGACAAACCCUACAGUAAGAGAAAAUGCCAUGAUUGUAAUAAGUACAGAAAAGCAAACAGUAAUGAGUCACAGCUCGUUACAAAGCAAAGGACACAUUCAGGAAUCUUUUUAUGUAUGGAAUGUGGUAGAAUUUUUAACAAGAAAUCACAGCUUAUUGUACACCAGAGAAAUCACACAGAAGAGAAGCCCUGUCAGUGCAAUGGGUAUGGGAAAACUUUUGCACAAAAGUCCCAGCUUGCUAUCCACCAAAAGACUCACUCAGGAGAAGAACCAGAACGUCAGAAAGCUUUCGGCGGGAAGUCCCUGGGCCUUCAGCAGCAGAGAACUCACACUGGACAGAAGCCCUAUGCACGUGGAAAAACCUACAGCAGGAAACCAACGCAAAACAGGCCGGCGAUGAGUCACGCAGUACAUAAACCUUACCGUUGCGGUGAUUGUGGGGAAGUUUUCUCUCAGAAAUUGAAACUUAUCAUUCAUCGAAGCACACAUCCAGGAGAAAAACCCUAUAAAUGUAGUGAGUGUAGAAAAGCUUUCUUUUGGAAUUCACAACUCAUUACUCAUCGGAGGUCACAUAGAGGGAAGAAACCUUAUGUAUGCAGUGAAUGUGAGAAAGCCUUCAGGAGGAACUCGCUUCUCAUUAGGCAUCAAAGGAUUCACACGGGAGAGAAACCACAUAGAAGCAGGGAAUGUGGUGAGGCCUUCAUCGGAAAACCACAACUUGCUAAACAUCACAUGACCCAUACAGGAGAGAAGAAAUGUUAUGGCUUUGAAGAAGUCUUUUUCAAGAAGUCAAAGCUAAUGAGACAUCAAAAAAGUCACUUAGGGGAAAAACCGAAUAGGUGUGCUGAGUUUGGAAAAAUAUUCCCUGAAAAGUCACAGCUCCUGACACAUCAAAAAAGCCACUCAGGAGAGAGACCAUAUAGGUGUGCUGAGUGUGGAAAAACAUUCCCUGGAAGGUCAUCGCUCCUGUCACAUCAAAGAACUCACACUGGGGAGAAACCUUACAAAUGCAAUCUGUGUGGAAGGGCCUUCUCCCAGAGGUCAAGCAUAAUAUCACACCAGAGAACACACACGGGUGAGAAGCCCUUCAAAUGUGGUGACUGUGGGAAAGCCUUCACUGAGAAGUCGAACCUCCUUCAUCACAAGAGAACUCACACUGGGGAAAAGCCCUUUGGAUGCAGUGACUGCGGGAAAGCCUUCGCAUGGAAGCCACAUCUCCUUCAGCAUCAGAGAAUUCACACGGGGGAGAAACCCUUUGAGUGCAGUGAGUGUGGGAAGGCAUUUGUUCAAAAGGUGCAACUCAUUAAGCAUCAGAGACACCAUACAGGAGAGAAGAUCUAUAAAUGCAGUAGCUGUGAAAAAGCUUUUUUUGAGAAGACACAGCUUACGAUCCAUCAGAAAAUCCAUACGGGAGAGAGACCUUAUACUUGUGGUGAAUGUGGGAGAUCUUUCACUAGAAACUCACAUCUAAUGAGGCAUAAGCCAAUUCAUACAAGAGAUAAGUGCUAUAGGUGUAGUCAGUGUGGUAGUAUCUUCAACAAGAAGUCACACCUUAUCAGACAUCAAAAAGAUCAUAUAAUAAAGGCCGUAUAAAUGCAGGGAGCUUGGAUAGAUGCUGUUAGAUUCAGAUGUCCCCCUAACACUUUUAGAGAAUGUUCAGAAGAGUCUAUCAAGACCAUGACUGCUGAAACAGCUUUAGGAGUUGGGAAUCAGAAUGAAAAAAAGGAGGCUGUUUGUAGAGGUAGACGAUAUGAAAAUAAGUUUUCCCAGAAGACACAGCUUAGUGCACGUGAGAUAAGUUAGCAUGGUAACAAUGGUUUCAGUACUUCUAGAGAGAGCGCUAGAGCCUCUAGUCGAAGUUACAAGUAUUAGACAGGAGAAAAGCUGUGAUUGCAAGUGAGCCAGAGACCUCAUCUGAAAGGGAUAACCCAUCGACCACUAAAGAAUGCUAACAAAGGGUACUCUGAGUAAGAGUUCAGACUGAUUAUUUGAGGAGUGUAGUUAAUGGGAUCCUACUCCAGUGAUUUUUGUGGGGGAGUUGUGUUCAUUAUAUAUGAAUUACUGUAAAAAGUUGUCUGUCAGGGCUGGUGAGAUGGCUCAGUGGGUAAGAGCACUGACUGCUCUUCUGAAGGUUCUGAGUUCAAAUCCCAGCAACCAUAUGGUGGCUCACAACCACCCGUAAUGAGAUCUGACGCCCUCUUCUGGUGUGUCUGAAAACAGUUACAGUGUACUUAAGUAUAAUAAUAAAUAAACCUAAAAAAAAAAAGUUGUCUAUUUUAACCAGCAAGUGUAUUUGUGAAGAUGUCUGCUUUCUACUGUAGAGGAGUAAUGGACCAGAUGGACUGUCCUGCCUUAAACAGCUAAAAACUGUACAAUAGAUAUGAAAUAUUGUUUAAUGUUUUUAAUUGCCAUCUAGAAGUUGUAUUUUAGGAUACAGUAUGUCAUUUCAAUACACAUACCUAAUGUGUAAUGACUAGACCUGGGUAAUUGACAUAAUGUGUAUUACUUUAUAUACUUAUCAUUUUUUUGUUAGGAAUAUUCAAAAAUCCUCUCUAUUAGCUUUAUGUUGUUGUUGAGACAGGGUCUCACUGUAUAGCCAUGUCUGGCCUGGAACUCCCUAUGUAGGACAGACUGGCUUUGAACUCACAAAGAUAUGCCUGCCACAACCUCCUGAGUGCUGGGAUUAAAGACACGUGCCAGCAUAGCUGGUUUCUAUUAGCUAAUUUGAAAUACUUAGCUCUGUUUUGUGCGGUUCCAUUGCUGUGCUGUGGGGCAUUUGAAGCUCAUCUCUGUAGUUGCACACCUGAACUCAUUUGCUGUCCUCUACCCAGUCUCUUUCCAUAUCCUCCCCAUUAUUUAUGUUUAAAAUCUGUAUGUGGUGUUUGACUUUCAUUGUUGGAUUUAUUUCAUGUCACAUAAUGUCCUUGAGUUCCAUGUGUAUUUCUACAAGUCACAGAAACUCAAUCUUUGGUGGCUGAAUAAUACUCCUGUGUACACAUAUUGGAUUUGCUUUUUCUAUUCAUGUAGUUAGGCACUUAAGUUGAGUCCUUCUCUUGAGUAACAAUGACUUUCAGACAUAAACACAAGUUAGUAGUCUCCAGCAUAGGUAGGCAAAUGGAGCCGAACCCUAUAAUUACCCAGCCUAUUGCCUGGCGUCAGUUUUCAGGUGUUCACAUUCAAAACUAAACUCAUUUCUGCUGAACUGCAAAGACAGGGUUGGCUUUGGGGGAGGCCACAGUGUCUACAAAUUCCAAGGAAAGGCUUGGAGAAGAUAGAACUCUGCAGCAGUGGGACAUCAGAAAUCUGAAGGAUUUCUCUUAAGUCCUUUGGCUUAAUCAAAAGAUUGCACCUCUCUCUGAUAAAGGAAACAUCUUGAGGCCAGAAUAGAAAGCCCAGGACAGAAAGCUGUAGGAUAAGUGACUCACUGAACGAAGGAAACACAGGUUCCUACCAGUCAGAGGUGAAACAACUUGAAAAAGCUGGGCGUGGUGGCGCACACCUUUACUCCCAGCACUCAGGAGGCAGAGGCAGGCGGAUUUCUGAGUUCGAGGUCGGCCUGGUUUACAAAGUGAGUUCCAGGACAGCCAGGGCUAUACAGAGAAACCCUGUCUCAAAACAACAACAACAACAAACAAACAAACAAACCAACCAAAAGGCAUUCAAAGGAGCAAGAAAGUGCCAGGUAUGGUGGGGCACACCUUUAAUCCUAGUACUUAGGAGGCAGGAGAGUUAGGGCUGUUAUACUGUGUCUUGAGAGAAAAACAAAGAAGCAGCAAGAAAAUAUAACUUAUUCAUAACCGGAAGAAAAAAUUUGUCAACAGAAACAGACCCAGAUGGGGUCUGCACAUAUAUUAAAAAUUAUAUAUUUAUAGUGUGUGUGUAUAUAUAUAUAUAUAUAUAUAUAUAUAUAUAUAUAUAUAUAGUGUCUGUGUGGUGUGUGUGUGUCUGUGAGUGAUUUUUCAGACUUUUGGCUAAAAUCAAGUGUAAUUAAUAAAGUAUCAAUAAAUACAAAUUUGGUGAAACCUGA